CUCUCGGGGAUCGGACGCAGGUUUGAAAUGGCAGAACACUUGUGCAUGGGCUGUCUAUUUACGGAUAUAUAAGGAUUGGCCAAAUAUUUUCUUUGCAAGACCGACACAUCUAUUGUCAAUCCUUGGAGAUGAAGAAUUAUCCCAUCCCAGCUGGAAAUGUGUUUUGUGUCUGAAAUGAAGUUUUCUGUUGUAACUCAGUGUUAUCCACUGGAACCGGGAGCUGAGAACACACCAGCAUUUGCUCACUGGAGAUCAGUUCUUCAACUGCAUUGAUUGUAGAAGGGAUUCAAACAUCUGACUGUCUGAAUUGCCAGAUGAUUGAUCGCAGUGAGAUAUCAUUCUCCUUCUCUCAGUGUGGGAAGGGAUUCACUCACAGCCUACCCGCAGACACGCCAGUGAGUUCACAGUGGGGAGAGGCCAUUCACCUGCUCAGUGUGAGGGAGGGAAACUACCCAGUCAUCCAGCCUGAAGAUACAUCAGGAAGUUCACACCACAGUGAGAUGCUACACCUGUUCUGACAGCGGGAAGCAAUUCAUUCUGUCGUCGGUGCUAAAUAUACAUCUGAAAAUUCCCCAGUGAGAAGACAGUAACCUGUUUACAUGGUGGGAAGGCAUUCACACACUCAACCAUGCCACAGUGACACCAGCAAGUUCACACCGGGGAGAGGCCAAUCACCUGCUCUGUGUGCGAAAGGAUUCACUGAAUCAUCUCAACUGAAUGAACACCAGUGAGUUCACACUGAAAAGAUGUCGUUCACCUGCUUAGACUGUGGGAAGGGAUUCACUCGUUCAUCCACACUACAGAGACACCAGCGAGUUCACACCGGGGAGAGGCCAUUCACUUGCUCUGAAUGUGGGAAGGGAUUCAGUGACUCAUCCAAACUUGUGAGGCACUACCGAGUUCACACUGGGGAGAGGCCGUUCAUUUGCUCUGAAUGUGGAAAAGGAUUUGCUCGGUCAUCUCAACUGACUGAACAUCAGCGAGUUCACACUGGGGAGAAACCGUUCAGCUGCUUUCAAUGUGGCAAGGGGUUCACCCAGUCAUCUCAUCUGAAAGUACAUCAGCGAAUUCACACUGGGGAGAAACCGUUCAGCUGCACUGAAUGUGGGAAGGGAUUUACUGAUUCAUUCUCCCUUGGAUUCACUCAGUCGUCUCAUCUGAAUGUACAUCAGCGAAUUCACACUGGGGAGAAGCCGUUCAGCUGCUCCGAAUGCUUGAAAGUCCAUCAGCGAGUUCACACUGGGCGAUGCCAGUCACCUGUUCUGAUUGUGGGAAUGAAUUCGCUCAGACAUCUCAACUGA